AUGGACUCAACGGAGCUACACCCAGAUUUCCUCACAAGGACUCUACUAUUCCUCCUCUCCACAGCAGUCUCGCUACUCUACUACAGACAGGAAACACAACUUUCGACGGCAACAAUUUCUUCCAAGGAAAAGAACAAGACCACAUUACCCCCCGCACCCAUUCUCAAAGCCGCCGACCAUGCCAACGACAGCAAACGCCACCUCCUCCUAGCCUGUUCCGGCUCCGUAGCAACAAUCAAACUGCCCAACAUGAUCCAAGCGCUUUCAACCCACAAGAACCUCUCAAUACGCAUCAUCCUAACCUCCUCCGCUGCUGAGUUUCUCCAAGGUCAGUCUUCCGAGCAACCAAGUCUUCAAGCGAUCUUGCAAAUGCCGAAUGUCGAAGGUAUUUACUUCGACUCUGACGAAUGGAAACAACCCUGGACCCGCGGAGCGUCAAUAUUGCAUAUUGAACUUCGUCGCUGGGCGGAUCUGAUGUUGAUUGCUCCACUCUCUGCUAAUGGGCUGGCGUCGCUAAGCCUUGGGCUAUCGGGCAAUUUGCUUUAUUCCGUGGCCAGGGCAUGGGAUACGACAGGCUUGAUCGACAAGCCGAGGAACGGCAUCGGGAAGAAAGUGAUCAUGGUGGCGCCGGCGAUGAACACGGCGAUGUGGAAUCAUCCUGUGACGAAGCGGCAUCUGGAUAUUCUGGAGGGAGAGUGGAAUGUGAAGAAUGGUGGGUGGGUGGAAGUGCUCAGGCCGAUUGAGAAAGAUCUCGCAUGUGGGGACAUGGGAGGUGGUGCAAUGAGAGAGUGGAGUGAGAUUGUGGAGGUUGUACAGGAACGCCUUGGAUAG